AUGGCGUGCUCCUCGAAGUAUCCGGGAUUGCAGUCCCACGGCCAAAGAGCAGAUAAAAUAACAGUACCGCCGCCUGAGCACUCCUCGGAUUCGAAUGAAUGGACCACACUGUACAUCGUCUCGGCUCCCUUGCCUCCCAGCAUCUCUGCCGUCCAGUUCAAAAUCACCAGUCAUGACCAGGGGUGGUGCAGUGACCCGGACAAUGGAAGCUGGUCCUGGUUCGAUGCGUCAAUCUUAGGCUCGUGGCACGAAGACCAGCCUCCAGCAUUUGAGGACCUGUCCGACCCUAUCUACCUCAAAUCCUCUCCCCACGACUUUGGCCAAAUGCUGCAGGAUCGCGGGUUCUAUUUCAAGGACAUUCCCGGCCGGAAGGAUGAGGAUAACAUGAGAUCUCCAGGCGUGACCAGGUGCGUCGUCAAGAACAAGAUUCAGACGGGGUGGCAAAAUCACACCGUGACUUGGCGACUGGAGGACGGUGGAGAGAAUGCCGAAUUCCUCUCGCUCCUCGAAGAAGGCGAUCGAUUGGUUGUAUGGGCACGGGCAAAGUUUCGUGGAUGGCUGAACGUCGUAAAAGAAGUCGAGAUUCUGAUAUCAACGGAGAGAGUACAAGACUUUGCACAGCCGGUGCAGAGCCCUCCGAUCGAUCAACUCAAUGUUGUUGAACCUUCAGGUUCGCAAGCACGGAACGAUGAUUCUCUUCCUGGCAUCGGACUGCCCAGUGUCGAGGCUCCUAAGCUGGAUCUUGCCAGGCUCCAGCAGUAUGUCUCUGGAUUGGAUUUCCAAGAGUCUCCCCACGCGCGCCAGGUGUUUUCCAGAUACGAAAAGAGCCUGGCUACAAUGCCCAUGAAUCACCCUGAGAGGCCAGGGCUCCUCGGUAAAAUGGGUGUCUUCUUAUUUAAACGUUACAAGUACAGUAAAGACCCGACUGAUUUAGGGAAAGCCAUUGCUUACCUUCAACUGGCCACUCUGCUACAACCCGAAGAUCCUGUAUGUUCUUACAUGUAUGGAAGAAGCCUCAUUGCCAGAUUGGGUUUCGGAGGAAGUUUCUCUGAUAUUGAUAUUGCCAUCAACCACCUUGAACGUGCUCUGGAAAUCGGUCUUACAGACAAAGCAAUGCAAAAGGAAACGCUUGAGAUACUGAUCGUGGGCUACAAGGUGCGCAUCAGCUAUUCAAACACCGAAGCCGAUCUUCGGCGCGCAUAUGAGUUGAUGGAAAGGCUCGACGUGGGGACCGAACACGGUUCCUAUAAGCAAUUCGAACAGCAAGAGUUGCAGUAUCUCUUGACCCGGCAUCAACGUGCUCCAGCAGAGGCCCGUGGCGCCCGCGAUGGCUUGUUGAGCGCCAAGACUGACAUUCAACGCGAUGAAUUGGGCGAACAAGAACACAUUGACACAGCUAUUUCAGCGGCCGAGGCAGCGCUUUCUGGCCUUUCACAGAGCGAUCGAAGUUAUAAAGCACUGCUGCUGGGUUUGUCCACGCAGUAUAUGAAACGGUACCUCCAGGCAGGACAUUCCGACGACCUUGAACGCGGGAUUUCACGAGCUGAGAAGGCUGUAGCCCUCAUGGAGCCCCAUGAUCUUCUGGGAAGAUUGUCAGCACAUUUCAAUUUGAGUGGACUUCUCAGCGCCAGGUGGGAAAGAAACCGUAACAUUGCAGAUCUUCAUGCAGCAGACUCUCAUAUCCGGAUAGCUAUCGGCAACCUUCCUGCAAACAUUUUCAGCACGGCGAAAGUAGCCAUGUUGUUAAGCGCCAGUCAUAUCCUGGCCUUUCAUCAUGAGGCGACAGGAGACAUAAGCAAACUCGAGUCAGGAAUUGCAAUGCUUGAAGACAUAAAUCGCGAUGGCUUGAAUCUUGUCGAUCGGCCUGCUAGGAGUGCUUAUCUCACUCUCUUAACAGGCCUGUACGAAAAUCUAUACUACGCAACGAAGAAUCUCCAGCAUCUUGACCGAGCUAUCACUCUGCUUGAUGAUGAAGGUCUUCACUCGGCCACUAUCGGCGGUUCGCUUGAUCCUGGGGUUUAUGCCCAAUAUGGGAGACUUCUUCUACAAAGAUUUCGCCAAACGAGAAACGGUUCAGACUUCCAAGUCGGGUCUAAACAUCUCGCGGCUGUCUGUGUUUCAGCCGAUGUGCUACCUAUAAGUCGUGUGCAAAUUGCCAGGACUCUGAUACAUUUCCUCAAUCAUACUGAGAAUUGGAACCUUGCUGCUAUGGCUGCUGAGCUGGCCCUCCCCACGCUGAGUCGUCUCAAUGCUCACGACUUACAGCGGGAAGAUCAAAUCUUUAUCAACCGGCAGAUAUCCGGCCUUGCGAGUGAGGCAUGUGUCGCCUUCUGUAAGUUAAAUCUGGUAGGCAAUGCAGUAAGAAAGCUUGAAUAUGCCCGUGGAUUUGUUGUAGGGCAUUUGAUCGACUCGCCGAGUGACCUGUCGAGCUUGAAGAGCACUCACCCAGCUUUGGCAGAAGAGUAUGAAGCUCUCCGUUCGCGGACGUUCAACCAUAUCACAGCAUCUUUAAAUCAGAGCACAUCACAAACUAGCCACCGAUACGAUGAUCUGAAAGAGCUCAGAGAGUGCGAGGAUAAGAUUCGUGAGAUCACAGGCUUCGAGGACUUUCCUCAGACACUGUCCAAGCAGGUGCUUGGAGAUCUUUUACGAGAAGGACCCAUCAUCAUUGUCAACGCGACGUGUGUGAGUACCGAUGCGAUAAUUAUGACCAUUCCUCGUGGCUGGGUUCUUCAUCUGCCCGAAAUGGGGUCUAAGGCGCCUCCAGAAUUCGUGCGGCGUCUCUUGAGCCAUGAAAACUUCCGUUGCACCACGGGAGAUUCGAAUAAAAGGGAUAUGGAGCCUGAGUUAUCACCGGAGGAUUUCACCCACGAGUGGUUAUCGUGGUUAUGGUUCACUUGCGUCAAGCCGUGCUUAGAUGGAUUGGGAGCGCAGGGUGAGCUCUCGUUGGAAGAACCCCGGUCCCGUGUGUGGUGGAUCGGAGCCGGUGCGGCCAGCGGGCUUCCCUUUCACGCAGCGGGGGAUUAUCGAAACGGGGGACACACAGACGGGCAGAGUUGCCUCGACCGAGUGAUUCCGUCGUACAUUCCUAGCCUGAGGGCCUUGAAGAACGCCCGCUCGAGAGCGGCUCAGGUCCUGCCCCUGCAACAAGCGACCUCCUCUCUUUUGGUGGUCACGAUGCCCGAGACCCCGGGUCAUGGCGCGCUCGCGAGUGUUCGACGUGAGGCACAAGGCAUCAUCCGUGCAGCCGAGCCUUCGUUACGGGUGACAGAACUGCCAGGGCCUUCCACAGCAGACGUCCUUGCCCAGCUCGGCAACUCGGACAUCGUCCACUUCGCUUGCCAUGGAUACUCCGAUCCCAGUAACCCGACGAGCAGCCAUCUCGUGCUCCAGAAGCAGGGUGUGUCGGGCAUGGGCAUGGUCCCUGACACGCUCGAGGUCUCCGCCCUCCUCGAUACACAGACCAUAUCUGCAUCGUUCCGUACCGAUGUGACCGUCUAA